CUGCGCUGCGCCGCCAACAUUGGUUCUUUCUCACGCCUCCAGCGACGACGUCGGCGUUGCCUCUAGGUCUCCUGCCGUCACGAUGGAUGCAUAGACGCCUCUAAAGCGACGCUUCGCUGCGCGCUUUAGAGCGCUCGAAAUCACCCACACGCCCCACCAAAGGCGUCCUGCCAACCCAUUCCAUUUGCAGCCAUGGGGAAAGGCAGGAAAGCCAGCACGCCCUUCCGCUUCUUCGCGCUCCCCUCGGAGCUCCGCAUCCGUGUCCUCGAGCUCCUCCUCACCCAGACCAAGACAGUCGACCUCGACCCCGCAAACAGCCGCACCCUGCUCCCCGCGCUGCGCCUCUUCUUCGUCUCCCGCCGCAUGCACGACGAGGCCUCGCACGUCUUCUACGCGACAAACACCUUCCGCGUCUUCGCCAUCAGCGGCCGGUUUUUUCAUACGAAGAAGCAGCUCCUCACGCGCCUGCCGCAGCAUUACAUCGCGCGGAUGCGCAGCCUGGAGCUCCGCCUCGGCCCAGGCUUUAACAAGCCGCCGAAAGGCUGGGUCGUGGAUGGGCGGCUCCAGCUACAUGCUGCGACCAACGUGCGCACGCUCAAGGUGUUUGUCGAGCUGGAUCCUGCGAGCCAUCCGAGCUUCGAGGCGUUCCGGAAGGAAACGUGUGCCGAGGCGGAGCAGUUCUUUACCGUCUUUAGCGCGGGGCUGCUGGGAUGUUUGUUUGGGGAGCUGAGCCAGCUGAGGAAGGUCGAGUUCGAUGCGUAUCCGGGCAUCUCGAGGAGCAGUCCGCUGAUGAGGGCGUUGGUGGAGCAGACGAGGGUUGGCGGCAAGGAGGUCGCCUGGGGUCCCGAGAGAGGGUGGGAUAAGAUUGUGGACACGGACUUGGGAGGGAUGCUGCAGAAGUUGGGGAUUGGGAUGUGA